AUGUCCUCGCAGAAGCAAGAGAAGACCUUUGACCUGGUAAAGGUAUCGGGACUCACCCCAACCCAGGUGGAGCACCUCCUACUGGCAUUGCUAUGUAUGGAAAAGCGCAAGUCGGUCGAUUGGAACAAGCUCGGCGAGCUUUGCAACGUUACACCCACUUCGGCUAGAACUGUCUUCGGCAAGGGCCGACGCAAGCUUGAGGAAUGGAAGGAGAAGAGAACCGCUGCGAAGGAGGCCAAGCAAGCUGAAGAGGUCGAGGACGAUACCGAGGAUGCUAAUGAGGCUGAUGAAGAUGGAUACGCCGAGAAUGCUGAGAAUUAG